AGCUCUGGUUCUGCUUGCGGCGCAUAACAACGAAGCAACUUUAUUCUUUAUUCCGAGCCUUGCGAGCAGGAAGCAGUUUCUAUAUUAUUUGGAACGGGACAGUGUGGUGAUUGACAAGUUCUCUGUUUCUAAAUUGCCCAACAUUCCAUCCCGCAUUUUGUAUUCUAAAUAAAUUCAAAAAUGUUAUUUAAAAUAAGAAACGCUUUAGCUGGGUGUAGGUUCCUAUCUACCGGUGCUCGGCAUGACUCGAAGAAUGUGCCCACGCGUCAGAUCAACAAGCUACUAAUUGCCAAUCGUGGCGAGAUUGCGUGCCGCGUGAUGCGUACUGCAAGUCGGCUUGGCAUCCAAACGGUGGCGGUUUUCUCCGAUGCUGACGAGAGAUCCCUGCAUACCAAAAUGGCCAAUGAGGCAUACAAUAUUGGGCCGCCAGCGUCGCAACAAUCCUAUCUGCGUGGGGAGAAAAUUCUAGAAGUAGCCAAGAAGACCGGUUGCCAGGCCAUUCAUCCUGGAUAUGGGUUCCUGUCGGAAAAUGUCGAGUUUGCUGAACUGUGCCAGCAGGAGGGAGUGAUCUUCAUUGGUCCACCAGCUAGUGCCAUCCGAGAUAUGGGCAUCAAGAGCACAUCGAAGCAUAUCAUGAGCGAGGCGGGUGUUCCAAUUAUUAAUGGAUAUCACGGAGAGGAUCAGUCGGACGAGCGGUUGUUGCAAGAAGCGAAAAUAAUUGGAUUCCCGCUGAUGAUCAAGGCAGUACGCGGCGGCGGCGGAAAGGGCAUGAGAAUUGCUGAAACUGAAGAGGACUUUUUCCCAGCGCUGCAAUCAGCGAGGACCGAAUCAGAUAAAGCUUUUGGAGAUAGCUCUAUGUUGUUGGAAAGGUACGUGCGGUCGCCACGCCAUGUGGAAGUGCAGGUUUUUGCCGACCACCACGGAAAUGCAGUUUACCUUUAUGAGCGAGAUUGUUCAGUUCAGAGACGUCAUCAGAAAAUCAUUGAAGAGGCUCCUGCUCCGGGAUUAUCGGAAGAGCUGCGAGUUCAGCUUGGCGAGGCAGCAGUUCGUGCAGCCAAGGCCGUAAAUUAUGUCGGUGCUGGGACGGUGGAGUUUAUUCUGGACAAGGAAGAUCUGUCUUUCCAUUUUAUGGAGAUGAACACCCGCCUGCAGGUCGAGCAUCCAAUCACCGAAAUGAUUACCGGAACCGAUCUGGUUGAGUGGCAGAUCAAAGUUGCCUCCGGAGAGCCAAUUCCGUUGACGCAGACGCAAAUCCGUAAGACAGGUCAUGCAUUUGAAGCUAGAAUCUACGCAGAAGAUCCAGCAGGAGGUUUUUUGCCCGGGGCUGGCCCUUUAAACUAUCUGUCGACGCCGGUGCCUUCUAGCACUACCAGAGUGGAAACCGGUGUCCGCCAGGGAGAUGAAGUGUCGAUUCAUUAUGAUCCGAUGAUUGCAAAAUUGGUCGUGUGGGGAGAGAAUCGACCGAGUGCUCUUCAGUUGUUAGUUGAGCAGUUGCGCAACUACCAAAUCGCUGGACUGCAGACGAAUAUCAAUUUCCUGAUCGAUCUUGCCAGGCAUGGUCACUUCCAAUUGGCCGAUGUGCACACUGGGUUCAUCGAUCAGCACAUGUCGACUUUGUUCCCGGUGAAGACCGUCACGAACGAGAAGCUGGCACAAAUGGCUUUGGCUUACGUUUUGAACGAGAAUGCCAGCACCCGCAAGUCGUUGAAUCGGUUGAAUCCGUUUGACCUGGAACUGAACUUCCGUCCGAAUUAUACUCCGACUAGAAAGUUCAGUCUGAAAGUUGGCGAAAAGGAGCACCAGGUUGAAGUAAAAUCAAAGGGAGGUGAUUUUGAAAUUCGCAUCGAUGGAGGCGCAUGGCUGAAUGUGAAGGCAACCAGAAAGGCACACGAAAAUCGCUUCCUGCUGCAGACCAACAUCAAUGGACAUGUUUCGUGUUUUAAUACAGUAAUUGAAAACGGGUCAAUCGCAUUGUACGAUGAUAGUGGCCUUACUUCUGCUGAGUUGGUUCAACCUAAGUUCGUGACUGCCGAUAGUGCCAUAGAGGGAGCAAAUGUCGGUUCCGUCAUUGCGCCAAUGCCGGGAGUAUUGGACAAGGUGUUCGUUAAGCCAGGUGACUCUGUUAAAGCAGGUACGCCACUCGCCGUUCUCAUUGCCAUGAAAAUGGAGCACGUUCUGAAGGCUGCCAAGGAAGGAGUCGUCAAGGCGGUUCCCAAUGCCGAGGGUUCAAACGUUCAAAAAGGUGCUGUUUUGAUUGCAUUCGAAACAAGCUAGAUGGUGGACGUCAAGAAAUUCGGAAGACCAGUUGUGCAUUUACUACAAGCAAAUACUGACCAAUUGUGCAUUUAUUAGAAAUAAAUUGUGACUUUCUUUUGUAGGACAAGAGUUGGGUAGAAUUAGGAAUCAUAUUAAACGCCAAGCGUUGUAAAAUGUUAUGAAUUUUAAUAAAAAAAAUUUAUAGUGCCUUGAAAAGAA